AUGUAUUAGGUUCUAGACAAUUUUGUUUAUAAGCUAAUAGGGAAGGCCCUUCUAAUAAAUCCCAGUACCUGUCCCAAUAUAUAAGGCUACGUCAUACAGUCAAGCAAAUAAGGCUGGCCAUCUGUGCGCUUUGACCGUUUUCCCCGUUUCUUUUAAGUAGCAUGCUGGACAACCCCAGCGCAUUCCGAAUCCACUGAGGCUAAAAAUUAUAGUUUUCAACAUAAGCAGACAUGGCCAGUAGUACCCCCCCUUAUGAGCUCGUCUACUAUACAGGCGUACCUGGUCGUGGCGAGCAUAUUCGGCUACUCUUUGCAGAAGCAAAUGUCAUCUACUCAGACACGGGCUCGCUCGGCAUGGCCGGCGCCCGCCAGGCUGUCGUGGAGCACCUCAAGGGUCAUCAGAACAACCCGCCGUACUAUGCCCCUCCUAUGCUAAAGCAUGGCGAUCUUUUAAUUUCGCAGACGAGUAACAUCCUCAUGUACCUCGGUCAGAAAUUCGGGCUUGCGGGGUCUGCAGCCAACAGCGACGAGUAUCGCGUCAACGCCCUAGCCCUCACCGCGCUGGACGGUCUCAGCAAUGAGGUACAUGACAACCACCACCCUCUUGUCUCUGAUCUCCCCUACGAGGAUCAGAAGGACGAGAGUAUCCGCCGCAACAAAGAGUGGCUUAAGCUCCGCUUCCCGAAACACUUGGCCUACUGGCAACUUGUGCUCGAGCAGAGCAAAGGCCAGUGGCUGAUGGGAGAUACCUUCACUUAUGCGGAUAUAGUGCUUUUUCAGUGCAUUGAUGGCGUAAAGUUUGCCUAUCCUAACGUUAUGGCUCAUGCUGAAAAAUCUGGCAAAUACACAGCCGUAUUUCAGCUUUGGGACUGUGUCAGGCUUCGGCCCAAUAUUGCGGCCUAUCUCGCUUCCGACAAGAGGCAGAAAUAUGACUGGGGCAUCUACAGGAAUUAUCCGGAGAGUGAUGUGGUGCCAACACAAGCCGCAUGAGGUCGGCACUUGGUUUUUGCUAACGGCUGUGGCGCAUUGCUCCACCGCCAGUAGCAUUUCACGGACUUGGGUUGUUGUUCAAGAUUAGCCUUUCUCGCUUUUAUUUAAAUACCACAUGUCUAACCCGAACUAGUCAGCACUAAAAUAGGUCCUAUGAAUUAAAUUAAACUAUUCAGUG